AUGGUGAAGAAGAGCAAAAAGAGCAAGAGCAAGAGGGUCUCGCUGAAGAAAAAAUACAAGAUAAUCAGGAAAGUGAAGGAGCACCAUAAGAAGAAGGCCAAGGAAGCUAAGAAAUCAGGCCUCAACAAGAAGCAGAAGGUCGAGAAGGAUCCAGGCAUACCCAAUGACUGGCCCUUCAAGGAGCAAGAGCUCAAAGCCCUCGAGGCCCGUAGGCAGCGCGCUAUCCGGGAGCUCGAUGAGAAGAAAGCCGCCCGUAAAGAGAGGGCUAAAAAGAGAAAAUUGGGGUUGUUGGAGGAUGAAGAUAUGAAAGAAGAAAGCUCUGCUGGAGAGGAAAGGGUCACUGAUGGUUCUGCCAGAAUUAUUAAAAAUCGAGACAACUCGGAGAGAACUUUCUACAAGGAGUUAGUCAAGGUGAUUGAAAAUUCUGAUGUAAUUUUAGAAGUUCUUGAUGCUCGAGAUCCCCUGGGCACUCGUUGUGUUGACAUGGAAAAGAUGGUGAUGAGGUCUGGCGCCCAGAAGCGUCUCAUUUUGCUCCUCAAUAAAAUCGAUCUCGUCCCUCGUGAAGCUGCUGAGAAGUGGCUCAAGUACCUCAGAGAGGAGUUACCAGCAGUUGCAUUUAAGUGCAGUACCCAAGAACAGAAAUCGAACUUAGGAUGGAAAUCUGGUCCAAAGGGUGGGAAAACUGGCAAGGCAAACAAUCAUAUGCAAACGAGUGACUGUCUAGGUGCUGAGAAUUUGAUAAAGCUGCUGAAAAACUAUUCAAGAAGCCAUGAGAUAAAAACAUCUAUCACUGUGGGUGUUAUUGGCCUGCCAAAUGUCGGUAAAAGUAGUCUAAUUAAUAGCUUGAAAAGAUCACACGUUGUCAAUGUUGGCGCCACUCCUGGACUCACGAGAUCCAUGCAAGAAGUCCAGUUGGACAAAAAUGUUAAAUUACUAGACUGCCCUGGGGUCGUGAUGCUUAAAGCUGCCGAGAAUGAUUCUUCUGUUGCACUUCGUAAUUGCAAGAGAAUUGAAAAAUUAGAUGACCCGGUUGGUCCCGUUAAGGAAAUUCUGAAGCUUUGUCCGGAGAAUGUGUUGGUGACGUUAUACAAGAUCCCUGGCUUUGAUUCUGUUGAUGAAUUCCUUCAGAAUGUUGCCACGGUUAGGGGCAAACUCAAAAAGGGCGGCAUUGUGGAUGUUGAUGCUGCUGCAAGAAUUGUUUUGCACGACUGGAAUGAGGGUAAAAUUCCAUAUUAUACAAUGCCGCCAACUAGAAAUGCAGAGGAGCCUUCAGAGGCAAGGAUUGUCUCUGAACUCGGGAAGGAAUUCAACGUGGAUGAAGUUUACGGUGGCGAAUCGUCAUUUAUUGGCAGUUUAAAAUCUGCCAACGAAUUCAAUCCUGUUGAAGUGCCUCCGAAUAAUCCAUUUCAUUUCGACCUGAUGGUUGAGGAGCAGAAUGUGCAGUUCUUUUGA